CUUCAAAAUUCAUGACGUUUAAAUUCUGAAUUUGCCUUCACCACCAACUCAACCCCAAUCUCAUUCACUCAAAAAUUUCAAAGCCUAUAAAAUCAAAACACUCAAAAACUUUGACUCAGAUUCUCUAGACCAUUAUCUACAAAUUUGCAAACACCAUUAUUUCUUAUCACUAUCUCUAAAAAUGAAAGGAGUCGAUAUAUUCUGUGCAACCCAAGCUGCAACUUCCAUAUGUCUAAGCAUGCAAGAAGCCUCAUCUUCUUCUUCUUCUGUAAUCCAAUUAGGCGGCGACAGCAUUUCUAUCUGCCGCCUAAUUGACCGUUACAAUCCCAUCAUUAGAGAUUCCAGAAUAACAUGUGGCAGUGGCCGCAACAGGCCACUGCCACCUCAUUCUUCUAAUCAACUACCCAUUUCUCCAAAACCAAAGAAUAUUAACAAGAAAAGUAAUACAUCUUCAAAACCAUCAAAAGAAACCAAGAAAAGGCAAAAUGAUCAUAACGGUCAUGUUGGUAAGAGAAAAAGUAGUUGGAGUUGUACAAAACCUAGUGAAUUUAUCACCCCACCUAGUUCUUCAAGGUAUCUUUUGAGUGAAAAAGAUUUGGUUGAUGUUUUAUCUGAUUAUAAUCAUGAUCCAGUUUUGAAUUCCAAAUCUUGUCAUCAAGCUGUGAAAGUAGUGGCAAAUGAGUCUUCUCCUCCAAAGCCACCAUCUUCUUCUUCUCCCUCUGGGGACCAGGUGGUUGUUCUAAGAGUUUCACUGCACUGCAAAGGAUGUGAGAAGAAGAUGAGGAAACAUCUCUCUAGAAUGGAAGGGGUGACAUCUUUCACCAUAGACUUUGUUGCAAAGAAGGUAACAGUUACUGGGAAUGUGACACCAUUGGAGGUUCUUGCAAGUAUUUCUAAGGUGAAAAAUGCACAACUUUGGCCACCUACAGUGGCAUCUUCAGUCCCUUCAACAAAAGCUGAUUUGAUCAACUCUGAAUUGAAGAAUGCAAAGCAGCUGGUUGUGUCUGAUAGGAAAUUAGAAAAUCAUUCUCAAAAUCCACCAGUUAUUCAGCUAUUGUAAAUUGAAUUUUUAUGUUAUUAGACAAAAGAGAAGUUUAGCUUGGUUUUGCUUUCUUGUCUUAUGGUUUUAAUUUCUGGUAUUAGUAAGCUUUUAUUCUUGAGAUAAACAUUAAUUUGGUACCUA